UGUCAAAACUUAGUAUGUAGGUUAUGUUUACGUUACAGUUUAGGACAAAAAAAUGAAAGUUUCUUCUCUCACAAAAGGUAGAUGUAGUGUGUUAAUGUGGCAAACUACUGUGCCCAUCGUUGGUCGGAGAUUAUUAUAUAAUUCGUAAUGGUAGCGUAUUGACAUCACAAUAGGGCAGCAGAAAGACAAGUAAUUAGCGUUUGCCGAAGUGCUUAAUGGAUUUAAAAUAUUUCUAGUAAUGUUAUCCUACGAGUGUACAGCAUGUAAGCUGCCUACAAUAUUAGUUUUUAGCUGAAAUGAAACAUGUCUCACUGUCGUGAAGAAAAUAAUGAAUACAAUGAAAUCAUGACAUUACAUGCUAAUUCAGAAAAUUGUAAAGAACAGUCAGACAUUUCAGGUAAUUCGUCCCCAGAAAUGGUUGCAUUAAAUUGGAGUAAUAACUCUCAGCAUGAUCGAAGUGAAACGGAUAACCCGAACAGUACUUCUAACUCUUCACCAGAAUUCAUCACAUUGGCGUCGUAUGAAGACCAAAAGAAUGAAGAGCUAAAAGCUGACCUACCCGUAAAUCCAUCAGCAAACAUUAAUCCGCUGAAUUCGAAUAACAAGUGUAAUGUUAGUGAUGCCGACUCAGAAAAAUUAGAAAGGUUAAGUCCAUCACCCGAAAGCAGACACUUUUUCAGUACUAAUGUUAAUGCUGAAAAUAAUGAAAUGUUGCAGGAGAGUGACUGCGUUGCGUCUCCACACAUUGUUUACGACAGCAAUAAUGUGUGUAUUCAACAAGAAAGUGAACAGUUUUCAAAUGACGGAGUGACUGCGAAAGUUCUUGUAGGAAAAUGUUUAACUGGUGCUAAUGGAGUGAAUUGUGAUAGUUCUGAAGGAGAGAAAGAACUACCAAAACGUGUUGAUGUGGUCCAUUCUAAUGUAGUAACACAUCUAAGUGAAACUAUAACAAAUUUAAAAGCGGAAAUAUCAAGAUUAGAAAGUGAGAAUCAGCGAUUACAAGCAGACAGAUCCCAUGAGAUAUAUGUUGUUCAGUUGGAGGCACUCGAAAAGUCUAUAUUGCAGUACAAAACUGAUCUACAACGAGCAGAACAAAUAUCAAAACAACAGGCAGUGCAGGCAGAAGCCACAGCAAAACAGCAGUCUUCUGUUAUACGUGAUCUACAAGAAAAAUUAGACAAAAUGACAAAAAUGUGGGAGGCAUCUAAACGUGAAACAGAGGCAGCUGUAGUAAGAUACGCGGUUAGUGAAAAAGAGCUAAUGGAACAACGCAAAGAACGAGAGGCAGCUGACCGUCGAUUGAAGGACGCAGUCAAGGAGCGAGAAGCACUUUCAGCGAAGCUUCGUACAGCUGCUGCUGAGAAAACACGCGUUUGUCAGAUGUUAGAUGCUAAGUGCCAUGAAUUAACCAGCAUGCAGAAAGAAACUGAGAGACUUAAAGAUGAUCUGAACAAUCGAGACAUUAAAAUAAAAUGGUUACAGAAUAAACUCAGAUCAGAGACAGAGACACACAAGGAAACUCAGGCAAAGGUUGAUAAAUUGACGAGGAGUCUCGCUGAAGCAAAGGAAGAAUGCGAACAAGUUCGCAAGGAUUGUCAAGAAAUGAUAAGAGCAUAUCAACAAUCUGAAGAAAACAGAGCUGUUGUAUUAGAUCAACAAUUGAAAGAAGAACAAGCUAAGCUAAUUCUAGAACGCUAUGAAAGAGAAGAUAAGGAGGAAGUAUCAAAACAUUUACAGCAAGAACUGGAGGCUCUGAAAGCUAAGCAUGAAACAAUGAUUGCUGAAAAUAAUACACUUUCAAUAAAGGUUCAAAACCUGGAAAAGGAGAGGUUCGAACGAGAGCAGACACUUUCCCGACUGCGGCAAGCUGCUGACAGCCAGCAGCAAGAUGUGGCAGAUUUACGUGCACAGGUAGCUGAGAUGAGUGCUCUGCGGAUGCAGCUAAAUCAUGAGCAGGAGAGGCUAUCUGCAAGCCAGGAGGAAGUGGAGAGGCUACGGCAGACGAACCAAGAGCUCCAGCAGGACACCACGGCAUGCCGCGAGCGGGAGGCAGAGCUGCUCGAUUUCACUCAGCGUCUCACUGACAAGAAUGUACGUCUUCAGUCAGAGUUUUCAGCUACAGAAGCUAAGGCUCGGGAGCUGGAGUUAGAAGCAGCUCGUUUAGCGCGUCAGAAUUCGGAAUUACAGCAGCGCCUUUCAGCUUCUGCAGCAGAUCUGGAAUCUGAGAGAUCCGCAAGACAGAAUGAAGCAGAGCUACUGGCGAGAGCCUUGGCCGAGCGCACUGCGUAUACUCAAAAGCUGGAACAACAGUGCAAUGAUCUCCGAGGGGAGCAGGAGAUCGCCGCACGGAAACAUGCAGCUGCCGUUAAGGAGUUGAAUCGUGAGCUCCAGCAUUUACGGAGGAAAUACGAGCGCUGUGAAUCGCCAGGUCUCCUAGGGUCACAUUCUCGUACCAGCUCAUGCUCAUCACUCCCAGGUUCAGGAUGUGAGAUUAACGUAAAUGGCCAAGCGACAGCAAGUACAGCCAUACAGGUAACUCCACCUGCUGCAGAUGAGUCAUCUGCUGUCUCUGUGGCAGUGCGCGGUCCCAGUAAUACCCCCUCUGAACCUGACAGGCAAGCACUUGUGGAACGCAUUGUGCGCCUUCAACGUAGUGUUGCCCGAAAAACUGAAAAACUGGAGUUUCUAGAGGAGCAUACAAAGCAGUUGGUGGCAGAAUUGCAACGCAAGUCACGUCUUGUGCAGAACUAUGUUCUUCGGGAGCAGACAGGAGCACUUGCACCAGAGGCCUCUGACAACAAUAAGAUGGAGAUCGCAAAGCAUGGUGGUAUCAUGGCCUCAUUGUAUAGUUCAAAGCCAGCUGACAGUCACAUGACACUUGAGCUGUCAUUGGAAAUCAAUCGAAAACUGCAGGCAGUGUUAGAGGACACACUUCUAAAAAAUAUCACUCUGAAGGAAAACAUAGACACACUUGGAAGAGAAAUUGCACGAUUAACAUCUCAGAAGAAUGCUGUUUCUACCUCGUAGGUGACAUGAAAAGCAGAGAAGUCAACUGGUACCUAAAGUACAGUGUUGCUAUGAACACAAAAGCUUUUGGAAAAUGUACAUAAUUUUCCAAUCUAUCAUUUCUUAUCAUAUGGUAUUUCACAGAUGUGCAGUCCAGUGCAGUCAGUCUCUGGUCUAAAGUCAAUUCUAAAUGUAAUUUGCUGUUCUUGGGGGCAGUCUUUGUAAUCAAAAUUAGUUCAGAUUAAAUAUUUGUAGUGGACACUUCAAAGAUCUACACAUAAGUGUAUUGCUUGCUGAAGAAUUGUGAUGUAAAAUCCAUUUUAAGAGUCAUGUUGUUAGCAGUAUUCCUAUAUGCAUACUAAGCAAGAUUUGUUCAUUAUAUUUUAUUUAAUGGCUGCUUUUAAAAGUAUAUGUAUGUUAGCUGCAAGUGUUGAAUGUGUGAACAUGUAUCCAAAGUUGUGAUACACAAAAAAUGAUGGAAGUUAGAAUAAUUUCCCUAGAAAAGGUGCUAAGACACUGCAUUGAAUGCAGUUAAAUAUAUGUACAAGUACUCCGUUGUGAUGCUGAGUGAUUAUUAGUAAUUGGUUGUGGGGUACAGCUGCAGAUAAUGAGAUUUGUACCUCAAAUUACUGCUUUUUAUAUUGUCUUAUUGCAUUUUAUUUUAGGAGAAUUUAUUUAUUGUGUAUAUGAAAAAAUAGUCAUAGUGACACAUAUGGAACAGGUUUUACUUAUGUGACUACUUAGAUCAACACUUUACAUUCUCAGUUGUAAGUAAUUUUGUGUUCUGUGUCUGUGAUAGAAUGAUUUACUGGCAUACAUAAAAAACAUGAAUAGUCUUGUAUGUGGUACUCUCAUAUACAAUAGUCUCAUAAUUACAAUUAGUUUGUAGAUUCAGCUCUCAGUUUCAAGUGUUUAAAAUACAAGAAUGUAUUUUUGCACACCCAUUAUUUUAGUAACUUCUAAGAGAUAAGAGAUAUUUGGUUCAUGGGGAAUUAGAAAUUACUUUUGAGGUUUCACUAUUAAUGGAUCUGCAUACACUUGUUACUUACUAAUAUCCACCACAUGAUUUUGCUUUCUUCAAACUGACACUGCGUAUUUAGCAGAGCAGGAUGCAAGUACAUUUUGAAAGGGCAGCAGCUACCUACCCAUGCCCCUUGUUAGGUCAAAUGUCUUCCUGUCCUCUACCAUGAAUCUUAUUUUUUCUUGCUACCUACUUGAUUAAGCCACUGAAUCCAGAAGUAAUCAUUCCAUUAAAAUGAUUUUAUAAGGUAAAGAAAUCACUGUCAUCAUUGUUUUUACUGACCCUCAACCACCCAUCCAGCAUAAAAAGAAACACACUGCCUUUCAAGGAAGCUUCAGUUCUGAUUGCAGUACUAGUAUGUAUUAAACUUUGUUAUAAUGGAGUGCAGUCCUCUUGUAUCUUCUGAAGAUGAUCCACUACAUAAAGAUACCACAGUAAAUAAAAACUCAAAACUGAACUAGCUCCAUUUUUAAGUUCAGUUUACUACAGAAAGUCAGAUAUAUUUUGUCUGGUCAUGGCAUAUCAUUCCCUGGCAGGGAAAUCAACUUUUCUUAGACCUUUGCCUAUAAACUCCACAAAAAUAUUAUCUUGUUAUUCAUUUGUAAAAAUCAGUUGUAAAAUAAAUGCUUAGUUCUUCAUAACAGGCCUCAUGGUAGAGAUGUGAUACAGUGUUUAUUGAAGGGAAACUAGUACUGAAGAUACUUUAACUUAAUUUGUAAACAAAGUUUAUUUUUGCAUUUAAAUACAUUGCAAAAUCUUUUGCAGAAACAACCACCAAUAAAAGUUCUUCAUGCAUAACCACAAGAUAAAUAUUAUUAAUUAAAUCCAUAAUUUGAAUAUGAUUUUACCACCAAAUCAUUUAAAAAACCAUUUAGAACACAUUAGGUGUAAAUUAAACCUUUAAAAUCUUAAAUCCAUGGGCUUGAGCAUUUAUUUAAAAAGGGGGUAUUAUAAAGAAAUUUAAAUGGUGUAUUUACUGGAUGGUACAAAAUUGAGAGCAGCAGACCUGGGAUUACUUCUAGUAAAAGGAAGAAGAAAAGGUAGGCAUUACCUGUAGGAAAAGUAUCCAGGGCUCCACAUUAUGAGACAAAUAACAGACAGGGUAAAGAUAUUAAUUUAUUGAUUAUUUUAUAUAUGAAGAGUGAGGUAGGUAAUAAAUAUUGCUUUUAACAAACCUGAUUACUUUCUUUGAAUGAAUUUUGAAGUGUGUUGUAGAUUGCAUCUUCAGUGAAAAACAAAGAAGAAAACAUUGUAAUAAAAUGCAAAGAAAAGUGAUUAAUAUUCGUUUUUAUAAGAGUCUCAAAAGAAUGGGAACCACUAAGGCAAGAACAAACAAAUCUCAAAUACAGAAAUACUGAUUACACCUGUGUUGCAUAUGUUUAUUGUCAAAAGGUAACUUGCUAUUUAUUAUCUCUCAUUUAAUAUUUUGUUUCCAGUUUGUCAAAAUUACUGUUGAAAGACAGUUGUCUGUCAGUUUCAUUGAUGUUAAAUUCUGAAGAAGUAAAAUUUUUAACAGUCCAGAUCUCAUCUAAAAAUAGCCUGUUGCUGAAGUUAUAUUUCUGUUAUAUAACUGUCACAGUACUUCAAAUACAGUUUUACUUAUGAGGUCAGCAAAUGGAAUGAAAUGACCAUCAUCUAUGAUACAGUUUUUUUUAUGUUGGUUUACUCAGUUUAUUUAUUUAAUGUGUCCUUUAUACCUAUGUUAUGACCUGGUACAUUAUUCACAGCAAAAGUGUUAAAUAUCUUACAGUGAAUAAAAAUGUGGCCAUGUGAUUAUAUAUAGAUUGAUUUAUAUCUAAAAACAAAGAUUAUGUGACUUACCCAACGAAAGCGCUGGCAGGUCGAUAGACACACAAACAAACACAAACAUACACACAAAAUUCAAGC